GUAGACAUCUAGACAGGGUAAACCUUAAUCGUGUACAGUACAUACAUAUGUUUAAAUCACCAGAAUAUUCGUAAUUUUGGAUAUUAUUUAAUAAUUUUGGCAUAAAUCAAUGAAGAAUUGAAUCCCCUUUCAAUACAUAAAAAUAUGGUUUCUACAGCAGCGUUAAUUCAGGGAGCUAGCAGAGGACUUGGUCUUCAGUUUUGUAAAACUUUGUUGUCACGGCAACCAGCACUCAGUAUCAUAGCAACAUGUAGGACACCAGGUCAGGCACAGGAACUACAGGAUCUGAAAUCAGAGCCUUUACUAGCUGGGAGAUUACAUAUAUUGGGAGUUGAUGUGAAAAAUGAGGCUCAGAUACAGGAAGCAGCAGAGUAUGCAGAGAAACAUUUUGGACAGCUUGACCUGUUGGUGAACUGUGCUGGAAUUUUACAUCCAAGUGGCCGCGGUGAAACAAGCCUGAAAGAUUUAAAUUUGCAGGGGUUACAAGAGACAUGUACUACAAAUGCAUUUGGUCCAUUGUUGAUGGGUAAACAUUUUGGAAAGUUGUUAACAAAGGGAGGUGGCAGUGUUGGUGUGAAGUCAACUGAUGCUAAACAACAGCAUGCUGGUGUGUUAGUGAAUAUAUCUGCAAAAGUAGGGUCCACUACAGACAAUGCGCUUGGUGGUUGGUACAGUUACAGAAUGUCAAAAUGUGCUUUGAACAUGGCAACUAAGAAUCUCAGUAUUGAACUAGGACGUGGUAAAAAUAAAGUGAUAUGUGUUUCGCUUCAUCCAGGAACUGUGGAUACGGCACUCUCACGACCAUAUCAUAAGAAUGUGAAGAACCUGUUUUCUGUGGAACAAAGCGUUUCUAAACUGUUAACAGUUAUAGACAGUUUAACUGUAGAAGAUAGUGGGAAAUUUUUCACAUAUGAUAAAGAGUUGUUACCAUUUUGAGUCUUUCUGUAGUAAUCAUUUAAGUUUGUUUUGAUAAUAGUGUGUUGCUACAUUAAAAAGGUCCAUCUGCAUAACAUUUAGGUUCAGAAAUGACACCUAAAUCUGUGAUUUGUUUAUACUUAGCCCAUAGUUAGAUUUCAAAUAAAAAUUAAUGUUAAAUUUACAGAUCAUGAUUGCAGUUUUUCAGCUACAGUCUUAAAGAUAGUUCUUUUAACUUCUAAAAGGUCUCUAAAUUUUUGGUGGUUAAAUACAUUACAUUGUAUAAUAAGAAGUUACAAAAACAUAAAAUUUUAAGGAUUCCAGUAUACAUUUUGUAGUCCUAAUUUGAAUCUCAGACUUUAAAUUGUGGUGGAAUUUGGUCCCCAGAUUUCUUUUUUUUUCUAGUUUGUCCUUUUCUUAGAAAUAAACUCUAAAUACCAAAUAAAUUUUGAUGAUUUUCAAAUGCAGAAAAGGUAAUAUUUUGAGAAUUUGUCAGGAUUGUAAAAAUUGAUGCAGAUUACCUAUUUGUUGUACAAUUCACAUACUUAUGAGCUUUAUGUAUUUUGAUAUUCAGUCAAUCAGGGAUUUAAUUUAUCAGGUUCCCCUUCAAGAAGAGAGGGAUUAUUUUUUUAGCUCAUGUCGGUAGGUCAGAUUUUUUGUAAACUAUUUGGUUUUUGAUUGAUGAUUGCAAAACAAUUUGUCCUACAGCCAUAAUACUUCAUACACAAUAUGCAUGAUGAUAACUUGUGGUCGCCAAUGAGCCCUAAUGUUUUAGGGGUCAGUAAGUCAGAAGUCAAGGUCAUAGUGACCUCUAGAUUGAAACAGUUUCAGGUCAAUAACAGGAAAUUGUUCGAGUCUUUGGCCCUCAAACUUUACAGUAUACGUUCCUUUGUUCUUGAGAUGACCCCAAUUGUAUUAUGGAAGAGUAGGCCAAAGGUGAAGAUCGCAAUGGUCUUUCGUCUUAAAGAUGAUUAUGAUCACUUGUCAGGAGCGAAACUUCAGGACGAUAUCCCCUGUUUUGUAGAUGACCCUAGUUGUUGAUAGGCUCAUUUAGUAUUUCGUGGACUUGAACCUGAAAAUUUUACUCCAUGUUACACCUGAUGGACCAUCAUAUUGGGCACAUAUGUUAAACAAGUUUUAUGUAUACUGUUCUUAUAUAAAGGUCAUAGCAUAACUGUCAUUUACUGUGAUUUUAUAAUGCCCACUUUCAAGAAAAGGGGGCACAAUUAAUGUUUUGCUCAUUGUCUAUUUGUUUGUCCAUCCACCAUUAGCUCAAUAGACACUUUUGUUUCUGGUAAACAAAUAGCGAAAUACACAGGCUUUCACUGGUAAAACUUCAAAGGGUGCAUGCCUGUGGUUAGUAGAUUAGCGUUAUAGGUUUUGGAGAUCAAUGGGUCAUCAGUUGUGGUUACAUUAACUUUGAGACUGAAAACUGUUUCUGGUUGAUAACAAAAGAACUUUUUGGCUAACAGUGAUCAAAAUUUAUAGCGUGAUUGCCUUUGGAUUAUUGCCUGCGGUCAGCAGAUUGCCCCUUUUUGGGUCAAAGGACAAGGUCACAGUGACUUUGGAACUGACAACAGUUUUAAAAAAUAUCUUGACACUUCUGGGCCUACUGCCAUCAUUUUCAAAGGAGGAUUGCCUGUGGACAGGAGUUGAUCCCUAUUAUUUAUUUUUUGGUGCGGGUUGGGAUGGGUCUGAAUCUCAAGGUCAAGGUCAUUGAAAAUAGUUUCUGGUCAGUUAUUGGAGAAUGCUUUAGCCUAUAGUCUUCAAAUUCCAUAUGUUUGUUGAUGAUGCCUGUUGUUUCUUAGAUCACUGCAUAUAAAAUUACACACCAAGUUACCAUCGACAGGCCAUCAUAGGGGGCAUAUGUGUUUUACAAACAGCUUCUUUUUCUUCUAUGUUCAGUGUGUGUGUGUUUAUUACAUAAAAUAUGGAAGAUUUGUUACUUAUGGCUUCACUUUUUUCCAUGUGGAUAAAACUUAUUCCUCUA